AUGAGGUCUUUCCUCGGUCUUCUCUUCCUCCUGUUCGUCCAACUCACCUCCGCCCUGAAGUUCGACCUCUCUGCUGUGAGCGGGAAGAACGAGCGAUGUAUACGCAACUUCGUUUUCAAGGACCAGCUUGUGGUCGUCACCGCCAUUGUGAGCGGAAACAAGGGUGAUGGCCAGGUUGUUAACAUGCAUAUCAAGGAUGCGCUGGGCAAUGACCACGGUCGUCCUAAGGACAUUGCCGGAGAGACUCGUCAGGCCUUCACUUCUCCCGCCGAUACUGCUUUCGACGUUUGCUUUGACAACCAGCUCACCACUCGUCACGCCGUUGCCAACCCCUACAAGUCCAUCGAGCUCGAUGUCGACAUUGGUGCCGAUGCCCGUGACUGGUCUAGCAUUCAGGUUCAGGAGAAGCUCAAGCCUGUUGAGACCGACCUCCGCCGUAUCGAAGAGAUGGUGGCCGAGAUUGUCAGCGAGAUGGAGUACCUGCGCGCUCGUGAGCAGAAGCUGCGUGAUACCAACGAGAGCACGAACGAGCGUGUGAAGUGGUUCGCUUUCGGUACUAUGGGUAUGCUGGUUGGAUUGGGUGCUUGGCAGGUCGUGUAUCUGAGGGCUUACUUCAGAUCCAAGCAUCUUAUCUAG